AUGAGCUCAAACUCUAGAAAUUCUAUGUUAUUAAAUCUUAAAAAUGUUGAUGGUUUAGUUGAUCAACAAUCUGAUUUACUGGUAGAUCCACGUAAAGUUCUAUUAUCAGCAAGUGAACAGGAGAAAGAAGAUGAACGAAUGUGGCAAGGCGCAAAUGAUAUAUUUUCAGAAAAAGCAGACAUAGAUCCCUUAUACGCAUUAGGUCGAGGAUGUAUAUCUUUUUUAAAAGCAAUCACAACAUUUGAUGAAAAUGAUAUAUCAUUAGCAAUUGAGAAUUUAAAAAUGGCAGAAAAAUUAGCAAGUGCACAAAUUCAAAUAUUAAAAUCAAAUAAUAGCCCCGGAGCAAGUAUAAGUAAAAUGUUCCAAUCGGGUUUUGGUUAUUUUGGUGCAAAUAAUAAAAUUUAUAUGACAAAUGCUCAAAUAAGAAAUACAGUAAUUCAAGCAGAAUCAGUUUUACUGAUUGCACUUAUUCAGCUAUUGCAGGAAAGCAUGGUUAGUUAUGUGAAAGCUGGAUUGAAUUUAAGAAAAG